AAAACAGUCUUCAAUAUCUUCCUCAACCGGAUAGUUAUGGGGUCUGGGCAACUUAGCUUGGGUUGCCUGCUGCUGAUUGUGAGCUUCACUGUCCACACAGUUUCAGGAGCGGUCUGCAAGAAUACCCAAAUUCUGACUGAGAACAAAGGCUGCGUUGAUCGCGAGGGCUACUUGGAGCGCGUCCUACUGCGCACCUGGGUCGCCGAGGAUCUCGAUGAUGCCAAGAAAGACGCUGGGAUAGGGAAACACGUUCGCUGCAAUGCGGACGAGAUUUUGACGGCUACUGGGUGCAGCCAGCAGACGGAGGCCCCGCGUCAAGCAGAGAGCUUCCGGGUCCCGGCUUCCCACAGCAAACUACAAGGCGAUCAAGUGGUCAAGUCGGAUAGCUUUGUGGGUGGUGGUGGAGGUGGAGGCGGCGGUGGCGCCUCUCACGUCAGUGCCCCGGCGCCACAACCGGCGCUGGCCCCGCGCACCGACCAGAUCCAGGGCAGGACUCAGAUGGGUCGGCCAAAGGUCAUAGGUCACAAUCGGCCGCGUAAAUUUGUCAUCCUGCCGGGCAGACAGCUUGAGUCUGGACGAAAAUGUCGCCCCUACGAGGUCCACGCCAAAGACAAUCGCUGUGUGCGCAAGGCUCCCCGCAAACCGACUCCCAUCUACAGGCACAAGGACCAUAGGUACGGACUACAGCUGCGACAUCGUCAUCGAAGCAAAUCGGGCUGAAAAUAGGAAAAAAUAAUCAGUUUGAUGGAAUAGGCCACGUAUUGCAUUAAAUAUAUUGUCUCUUGAGCCCCAACCCCUUCUGAGAGCCAUAUUGA